AUGAACGGCCCGGUGAAACGCUCGAUGAACAUCCUGUUCGACGCGGACCUGCAGCAGGAAGUGAUCCUGGUCACGGACCCGACGACCGGGCUCCGGACCAAGUUCGUCUACGACGAGAAGGCGAACAACUUCUCGCCGGCGCCGCGGCUCGUGCGGGUCUCCGAUCUGACGCAGCUCUACUUGGCCAACUGCGAGAAGCACGAGGUGGUGGUGUUCUGCCGGAACGCGGCGAAGAACGGCCAGAUCUCAAAGUAUCGGUACGGUCUGCCGCGCGGAAAUCUGCUGCGGGUCCAGUGCACGUGCUGCUCGUACGACGAGAAGCGCGUCGUGCCGAAUCUGCAGUUCCCGGAGGAGAAGCUCGCCGAGAUUGUCGACGAGGAGACCGAGAACUAUCUGUGGAUCCGCCCCUACUACUCGACAUUCUGCUCGGCCCGCCGUCAAAUGCUCGUCUACGCGCUAAAGUUUCCGGAGACCAAGCAGUUGGCACGCUUCGUAUUCGACGAGCGAACGGAGAGGUUCUACGAGGCGUCGGAGGGCAAGUGCGACGAUUUUGAAUGCGGCACCGUCACGACGGAUCGAGACGCGUUUGAGUUCGGUUCGCAGGCGAGCACAUACCAGCGGACGCACCGAGACGAGCACGGACUGCCGCUGAUCUGCCUCUCCGUGAAGUGGUACAACACGGAUCACGGGCAGUUGAACGUCUUCUGCGACCGCAACGGAUACAUCGGACGCUAUCGCUUCGACGCCGACAACGAGUGUUACAGGCUCGUCGAGCGGCUGAACGUCCGCGUGCACGAGUACCGCUCGAAGCUGAUCCGGCAAGAGUCGGAGCGGCUGUUGUUCGACGACGGGCUCCGCUUGCUCUACAAAAAGUACGAUCAGGAGCUGCAGAGGACCGUCCACUUUGCGUACCAUCUCAAAGACCGCAAGACGAAGCAGUACGUGUUCAACCGGAAAUCCCAUCAGUUCGAGAUCAUCACGUGCUCCUCGUUCGUGUUCAAUCCGCGAGAAGUGACACUUGGCACCAAUCACAUGGAGAUUGUCGAGCUGAACGAGUGUCUGUGCACGUGCACGCCGAUAGCCAUCCGACGGAGUGCCGACGGAAGCGUCGCCAAGUUCAUGUACGAUAGACGGAACACAAAGUUUGUGGUCAUGGCCGCGGCACCGAUCAAGAACCUCAGUCAUUUGCGCAGAGAAGGUGAGUCUGACAUGACCAAAAAAAAAAAUGUUUACAAUGUUUCAGAUCUCCCCGUGGAAACGCAAAUGCGUUCGUACGCCGAAGCGAUGUACAUUGAAAACGACGGAUGCGUACUCUGGCCCCUACCGAUCCAUUUAUACGUGCCCGGAAACCGGGGGCACAUGAUGAUCGCGAUGGACGGGCAGAUCAGACCCUACGAAGGUGAGAUGACACUCGGCCUCAGGCUGAUGACGGAGAAGCUGUACACGGAGCCGGAGCCGGAACCAGAAGAAGAAGAAGAAGAAGAAGAAGAAGAAGAAGAAGAGAGAGUGGAUCACUUCUUGAAAGAAGAAACAUCGCUGGAUGGUGCCACCGAGACGGACUUGGCCGAGUUGGAUCGGCAAGUAAGAGAGAUGGAAUGGAUGCUGAAGGACCUGAAAAAGGGCGAGCUGGAGGAGCAGAAAGAUCAAUGUAUUUUGGAGGCGCCCGUACGGCUCUUGCGGCGGACGGUGAACGAGAUGAUGAAUCUUCAGGAACCUGCGGAGCCUGGUGAGUGGGACGCAGAGUUGAGCGGUAGAACUCAACGGAAGAGCACGGAAGAAUUUUUAUCUUUUUCAGAAAAUGUUUUUAUGGAACGUGAUCAACUGACAAAAUGUAUAGCAAAGUGAACUCUGCGCAUAGAAAAAUAAUUGUAAAUUUAGCGAUUCAUACAAAAAAGUUAUUCGAGUUGUUCCGUUGGCCCUUUUUUGAACGGAACAACUCGAAUAUAACUUUUUUGUAUGAUUCGCUAAAUUUACAAUUAUUUUUCUAUGAGCGGAAUUCACUUUGCUAUACAUUUUGUCAGUUGAUCACAUUUCAGGAAAAAAUUUUAUAAAAAAGAUAAAAAUUUUUCCGUGUUCUUCCGCUCAACUCUGCUUGUAGUCUUAGGUGAUACGAAUUUCUAGUUUUUUGUUGUUUUUUUUUUUACCCUAGCAAUUUUGUGCUUUCAGAUUCCGAUCCGAAAUUUGAAGAGGAUGAAGACGAGGAGGCGACCAGCGGCUCCGCCGAAUCCGACGAUUCGGACUACUCGCACAUCGAGGACGAUGAAAAUGAGCAAAACAUUGUGGAGAAUGGUUCCGGUUGCAGAAUUUCGUAAAUCUACACUAGUCGCUGUUUUUUGUGCUCCCCUACCGAUUAUAUUUGUUCCCGCCCAACCGAUUUCUACUUUUUUUUGUUGUAAGCUACACGCAUAUCCGUAACAGAACCCCUUUCCCCCCUCCCACACCAGAGUUGAGCGGAAGAACUCAACGGAUGAAAACGGAAGAAUUUUUAUCUUUUUUAGAAAAGUUUUUCAUGGAAUGUGAUCAAUUGACGAAAUGUAUAGAAAAGUGAACUCUGCUCAUAGAAAAAUAAUUGUAAAUUUAGCGAUUCAUACAAAAAAGUUAAGGGCUAACCGAAGACGGAAGGACAUUUUCAAGGAACAACUCGAAUAUAACUUUUUUGUAUAAAAAGCUAAAUUUACAAUUAUUUUUCUAUGAGCAGAGUUCACUUUGCUAUACAUUUCGUCAGUUGAUCACAUUUCAUGAAAAAAUUUUCUAAAAAAGAUAAAAAAUUUUCCGUGCUCUUCCGUUGAGUUCUUCCGCUCAACUCUGUUUCCCACAUCUUUUAGUUACCGUCCAAUAGUUGAAGAGAAACUUUAUUUCCUUCAAAUCUUCAACCUUCUGUAUUGCAUUUAAACUUGAAACGUUUUCCGCUGAACUUUUUGUCUUGGCACACUCAAUAAACUUGCUCUUGCUGCCACACUCUUUCCGACUUUUCACCAGACUCUCACCGAUUUCUCCUUCUCAUCGCUUCGAGUUUUCUAAUCAUUUUCGCCCUCCAUCACCUCUCGUUUUUACCCGCUGCUUCCCAUUUCCAUGACAACUAAACACGCUCUCCUCCAGCCGCAUUCUGCGUACACAUUUUCACCUAUUCGCUGCCCAAAAAUUUAGUGUGUUUUGUGCCGGCGUGCGAAAAAGCAGACGACCUUGUCGCAUAAUUUCAUUAGUCACAAAUUGAAUUGAAAUGUUUUGAGAGAGAGAGCGAGGAGAGUGUGCAAAUUCAAAAAAUCCAUGACUAUGGGAUCAUGUUGUGAUGUAAGCCAAAAAGAAAUGAUUCAUCGCCACAUUUUGUCACGUACAUUGACACACAAAACAAUAAAAAUUGUGUGAGUCACCGCGCCGACUUCUGCGUCCGCAAGCCUAAAUAUUGUCAAAGUAAUACGACAAGACAGACUGCACAAAUCCGAAUCAAUUUCCAAUUUGUACCUGGCGGCCCCCACACACAUAAUCCGAUAAUUGGAAAGUGGGAUUUAGUGUUGGGUUUCUGUGGCCAGGUGCCAAAUCCGGGGGCUCAAACGUCGAGUGCUCAUGUGCGUUUAUAACGAUUUUGAUCUCUGGCGCAUCAGAGUUGAGCGGAAGAACACGGAAGAAUUUUUAUCUUUUUUAGAAAAUUUUUUCAUGUAAUGUGAUCAACUGACGAAAUGUAGAGCAAAGUGAACUGUGCUCAUAGAAAAAUUAUUGUAAAUUUAGCUUUUCAUACAAAAAAGUUAUAUUCGAGUUGUUGCGUUUGCCCUUUUUUCACGCAACAACUUGCAUAACUUUUUUGUAUGAAUCGCAAAAUUCACAAUUAUUUUUCUAUAAGCAGAGUUCACUUUGCUAUACAUUUCGUCAGUUGAUCACAUUUCAUGAAAAAAUUUUCUAAAAAAGAUAAAAAUUCUUCCGUUGAGUUCUUCCGCUCAACUCUGGUUCCCAUCCGUUCCGAUUGUUUCUUGCAAUCUCCUCUUCCGUUUUCGGCCGUCUCUUCUUCCCCUAUUCUUCACUUUCAGCCGCCGUCCGUUUUUCCGGCUCUCCCCCAUCCGCACGCUCUCUCUCUCUUCUCUCUGUUUCGUUUCGUCCCCCUCAACAGCCCUAUAAAAGAGCGAGCGUCGCGGGGGCGCUCACAGCUCACACCCUCUUUCCUCUCCGACGAAUCGAUGUGGGCCCCCCUUCUUUGGCCAUCCAUCUCUGACUCUGUCUCCGCGCGAGUGUGCGGUUUUUUGUGAGCGUGUGUGAGGGCGCCGAGAAGCGCGAGCGUUGCUCUUGUUUUGCCCCAAGCGCGCGCGCUCUCUCUCUCUAGAAGCCUUCUGUUACUUUUCAGCGGGGAUCCUUGGGAUGUACCCAGUCUUCUCUCCUCACAAUAAUCCUUUCCAACCUUUAACUUCCACCUCGCUUCUCACCUUCUAGCCAACCUUUUCAUCUCUCUACUCAGGUAAUAAUAAAUAAUAAUAAUAAUAAUAAUAAUAAUAAUAAUAGCCGCAUGAAUCGGCAUGGGUGCCGUUUUCCGCGGCAAAUUGCUGUAAGGGUGCCGAUUCCCUUGCUACUUCGUUGCCACAACCACGCUGCUACCGUUACUGCUCCCGUGCCGCUCAAAAACCUUGGCUUCCCUCCCAUCCCACUCUUUUCUGUUGCACGCCCUAUCCAUGCUGAUGCCAUGCCGGAGCCGUGCGUGACACAUGCUCACCCCAUGUUACCGUAGCAACUUGCUGUUCGCUUGCCGCUCGCGCGCCCCACCCUUGCCGAUAAUUACCUGAGUAUGAUUCCUCUCGUCGUCUUCUUCUUCACACUCACAACAACAAUUCGUCCGUACGUACGUCUCCUCUUCUUCUUCUUCUUCUUCUCGCACUUUGAGCUCUUAUCUCUAAUCUCUCUCGCCUCUUCUAACCUUUUGGCGCGCGCUAAGACAAAUGGCCGGGGCCUGCUGCUCUUUUUGUUAUUCGCGCGGGCUCCGAUUCGGCACGUGAUUUUAAAUUAUAGGGCGAAAAGCGUUGAGUUAAGUGGGGGGUUUGUGGUGGUGGUGGUGGUGGUUUCACUUUCCCAUACUUUACAUCCUCGUGCGCGUCUCGUUUCACCUCGUUUCGCUACAGUACCCCAUUGGCUCUUUUUACAGUAGACUGGCGAAACAUGGAGCCGGACGAGAAGAUGCACACUCGCUUCUCGCCACUUCACAACGCGAACCUCGUCGUCGUCAAAGAGUUGAGCGGUCAGGACGCCCACUACAAGUUCGAUCAAUACGUGGCGACGUUCGAGAAGGUUCCGUGGCGCACCACGUCGACGCUCUACACCGUCGUUCCGGUCGUCUCGAAGACGUGCCACGUCACUCAGCAGCGGAUUCUACAGGCUAGGGACGUGCGCGCCGACAAGUGGCUCAACUUUCGGCUGGUCGGAGUGCAACUCGUCGCGGCUCACGAGUGUCCGUGCCCCGGAUGCGCGAUGAUUGAGAGCAGACACGUUCAGCGCUCUCAGCGUCUCGAUGUGUGGCAAGCGCCCAACUACCGUAGGAAGGCUCUCGUCCCUUUGGACUUUUGCUACACUUCGUAUGGAGCGCGUGCUCCGCUUGACGUCUACGUCGACGACUUUGGCGAAGUCGGCAGAUACCAGUGGUGCAGCGAUCGCAAGGCGUUGGCGCUUAUCGAAGUCGUACCCGAGUUGCGUUUCUUGUCAAUCCACGGAAAGCCUUCAAAGAACGCCGACGACGUCGAAGGUCUGAUCGUCAAGAAUCACAAAAACUGCCCGCACGUCCACCAGCGCAUCUUCUUCGCGAACACCGUCGCCGACGAGACCGUCCGUCAGUACCUGUUCAACCCGCUCGUGCACGCCUUCGAGGAGACCCGCUGCUCAGUGUGUCGCUACGAUUGGCGCGACACGAUGACGUGGCUCGACGAGAAGAGCCGAGUGCUCGAGGUGACGGUGAGUCGGAAGGAGAAGUACGCGAUCGCGAUCUUUGUCGGAGAGGACGGGCGCCUCGAGUGGGGAGUGUUCACGCCAGCCGAAAAAUCCGACAAUACUUUUUCUUGUUCUUCUUCCUCUUCCACCGUCGUCUCGUUGGACAUGAAGUUGAAGCAAGUGUUCGGCAUGGCAGACGACUCGCUGAAAGUCUACGAGGGAUUCGAUCCGACGACGAAGCAGAUGGAAGCGCUGUUCUUGCUCGAGCACGAGCCCACCGUCUUCUGGCUCGCCGACUCGUUCGGCUCCAUGGACGCCUACAAACUCACCAACGGCAACGAGCGGCACGGAUUCAACGACGCCACUCUCGGUCGUUUCCUCCACGAAUCCGCCGAACGCAUUCUCGUCGAGCGCAAGGAACACGGGCAGUUGGUCCCAUCUAGGAUGAUGGAGGGCCAUCCGAUGACGCCACCAACCUUCCUGAGAAGAAGUGUCCUCGACUGUUUUCGCUGCUCGAGCCCUUUGGAUCCGUUCGACCGUAAGUUUACAAAACAAACUUCAGUAAACAAGUGGAAACUGUUUCAGAACCAAUCCCGUUCAUGCCCGACGUGGCCGAAUCCAUGAAAGUGUCGAAAGAAGCGACGAGCGACGAGCAGAAAAGAAAAAGCAAAAAGGAAGUUCAUUAUCCGCGCGAAAUUUCGCCUGAGACCCUAGAAUAUGCAAUAAAAGAACUGUCGACGCCUCGCGAAGGCUCCUCGAUCCUUCAGACGAUGAAGAAGGCCAACGUGGACGCGUUCAACGAUCUCCGCUUUCCGGACAUUGAGAAGUUGCGGCGGAUGCAACUGAUCACUUGUUGGCCGCUUCACGACGCGCUUCGCUACAACAGUACGUCCACAGUUCCGGCGGACGUCGUCUUGCCUGACAAGAAAAGAGUUGUGGUGGAAGAAGUGAAGGCGAAAAAGUCGACGCCGUCCCAACUACAUUCAGCCAAAGUCUCCGCCGGUUUCGACGACUUUAAACAUCGCCUGGACACGUUUGGAAAAGAGUUGGCCGAGCAGAAAAAGAUGAUCGUCGAGCAGACGCCACCAUUAGAGAAAUCUGGUCAGUUUGGGUACCCCCCAAAUAUUGUAGUACCGUAUAUUGUUUUAGGCCGCUCCAAAAGACAACAUUCAGCAGUGACGCUCGAGCCAGUGGAUGGUGCAUCGGCCCGACGUGCUAAUCUGUUCCCGGACGACGGCGAUUCUUCGGACGACGACAGUGACAUCCACAUUCUUUAG